AUGUGCGGCGCAGACGUCUUCCUCGCCAUCCUCGCCGUUUUCUUUCCGCCCAUUUCUGUAUGGAUAAAGCGCGGCAUUUGUACUGCCGACUCGAUCAUCAACCUCGCGCUCUGCUGUCUCGGCUAUAUUCCCGGCCUCCUGCACGCUUGGUACAUCAUCUUGAAAUACCCAGAUUCCGAUCCUGAACAUGAGGGUUACGAACAUCUCACGGGCUCCCGCCGCGGUGAUGUCGAAAGCGGUCGGGUGACCUACUACUACGUGUAUCAUCAACCUGCUGCUCCUCACCCGGGGGACAGAAACUACGGUGCAACGUCGGCCUCCCAGACUGUCCCACCGGAAUCACACCAGCCGGAAGCUGGCGACAGUCGUCCUCCGCCAACAUAUGCUGAAGCCGUGAAAGGUGACCAUAAGGUGCAGACUCAAGAUUGA